UGCAACAUUGACACGUGUAAUUUCAUACUUUAUUCUCGUACUCUUGCGGAUGUCACGGCAAAACCUACUCUUGAGAGGUACCAGAUUAUAUAUCUCCCACUGCAACGAAACCAUCAAAACUUUCUCUUUCCAGUGGUCUCCAUGCCUCAGAAAUAAUCAGGAAAUCCUCCUCAUCUGCAACCUAUUUCAUUGAACCCAAACUCGAUCCUUGUUUUUGUAAGUACCCUUUUGCGAAUCCAAUCAGAAUCCGAACUUUUGAGUGUGUGUGAGAGAGAGAGAUCGAGAGAGAGAAUUGGGUAAGAAAAAUGAGCUUGAAUUGAAUGGUUGGGUUGAAUUUUGUUAGGCAGUUUUGAAUUUGUUGUAUGCUGGGUUAUUCUAUUGCAAUCAGAAGGCUACAGUGCUUGGUAAGGUUUUUGGUAGGUCAGAACAAGAACAGGCUACAUUCUACAAUGACUACUGUACCUGGUAUAGAGGCUGAUGCUCUCAACGUGUUGAGAUCAAUCACUCCAACCCUUGACUUAACUCGGCAUAAAGGGCAGGCUGGCAAGAUAGCUGUUAUUGGUGGAUGCCGUGAAUACACGGGUGCUCCAUACUUCUCUGCCAUUUCAGCUUUAAAAAUUGGAGCAGAUUUAUCCCAUGUAUUCUGUACUAAAGAUGCAGCUCCAGUUAUAAAAAGCUAUAGUCCAGAGUUAAUUGUGCAUCCUAUUUUGGAAGAAUCUUACAGUGUUAGGGAUGAGGACAAAAGAUCAAUAUCAGCUAAGGUUCUUGCUGAAGUUAAUAAGUGGAUGGAAAGAUUCGAUUGUCUUGUUGUUGGUCCAGGCCUCGGGAGGGACCCAUUUCUUCUGGACUGCGUGAGUGAUAUCAUGAAGCAUGCAAGACAUUCAAAUGUCCCAAUGGUAAUAGAUGGGGAUGGGCUCUUUCUUGUUACAAACUGUCUUGAUCUGGUCAGUGGAUAUCCCUUAGCUGUCCUUACUCCAAAUGUGUAUGAAUAUAGGCGCCUUGUUGAGAAAGUCCUUAAUUGUGAAGUAGAUAGUCAAGAUGGAACAGAACAACUACUUUCUCUUGCCAAACGGGUUGGUGGUGUGACCAUUCUCAGGAAAGGAAAAUCUGAUCUUAUUAGUGAUGGUGAAUCAGUCAAGUCAGUGAGCAUAUACGGUUCUCCCCGUCGUUGUGGUGGCCAGGGCGAUGUACUUUCUGGAAGUGUUGCAGUAUUCCUAUAUUGGGCCCGUCAGCGUGUUGCUGAAUUGGAACCGAGGUCGAACCCGACAAUGUUGGGGGGCAUAGCUGGGUCCAUUUUGGUGAGGAAGGCAGCAUUGCUUGCAUUUGAGAAUAAGAGAAGAUCUACCCUCACUGGAGAUAUCAUCGAGUGCUUGGGAAUGAGUCUGGAGGAUAUUUGUCCAGUUAACCGACAUCGUUAAUUGGGAUCAGGUGGAAUCAACUGUACUCCCAAACUUCACUCCUAUUCUUCUACCUUGCUCCCUUGUUUUCUUCCUCGUUGUGUGUACAAACGAUCGAUGAUCUUGUAUGUCUUAUGUAAUGUUGAUACAAAUAUCAGAUUAAGUGACUUGUGGCAACGCCUGAGGACGAAGCGUUUACAACUUGUAAUAGAGGCUAAUUUUCUUUUUGACGAGUUAACUUAUUGAGAAUAUAGUUGUACACAGAAAAGCCUGUGCAAUCGAUCUACUUGAUGCUGAUUCGAGCAACUAUACACGAAAUACAACAAUUUGUU